AUGGGCGACACGCCGCCCCCGACGCCCCUCACGCCGACGGCCCCCACGCCCACGGCGGACCCCACCCCCACGACCACCCAGAAAGACAAGUUCAUCAACACGGUCAAGGCGACCCCGGACGACCAAUUCGAGCGCGAGCUCGCCACGGGGACCAAGAUGGCCGACGACGUCGCGCGUCUCGGGCCAGGCGCGCGCCCGCUCGCAAUGUCGCUCGACGAGAUGGCCCUGCUCCUAGAGCACCGCAUCGCCAUGGUCCGCGAUGGCGGAGAGGAAGACUGCGCAGCAUACCUCGACUAUGCGGCCCGCCUCGGCGACGACCUCCUCGCCCUCGUCGUGGAGCGCAUGGACCGCCCGCGCGUGGCUGGCCUCACGGUCGUCGAGGUCGCCCUGCUCAAGCAUAAUUUGCGUAGCAUGUUCAACCGGCGUCAGUCGAUGUAG